CAGGAGGCUCUCUGACAGACAGCAAGGCUUCUUAGAUGGAUCGAAGGACCCGGAGCUGGGAUACCAAGUUCUAUGAAAAGUGGUAUGUGUGUAACAGAGAGAAAUUAUGUGAAUCACUUCAGGCUGUCUUUGUUCAGAGUUAUCUUGAUCAAGGAACACAGAUCUUCUUAAACAACAGCAUUGAGAAAUCUGGCUGGCUAUUUAUCCAAUUAUAUCAUUCUUUUGUAUCAUCUGUUUUCAGCCUAUUUAUGUCUAGAACAUCUAUCAAUGGGUUGCUAGGAAGAGGCUCAAUGUUUGUGUUUUCACCAGAUCAGUUUCAGAGACUGCUUAAAAUUAACCCAGACUGGAAAACCCAUAGACUUCUUGAUUUAGGUGCUGGAGAUGGAGAAGUCACAAAAAUCAUGAGCCCUCAUUUUGAAGAAAUCUAUGCCACUGAGCUUUCUGAAACUAUGAUAUGGCAACUUCAGAAGAAGAAAUACAGAGUGCUUGGUAUAAAUGAAUGGCAGAAUACAGGGUUCCAGUAUGAUGUCAUCAGCUGCUUGAAUUUGCUGGAUCGCUGUGAUCAGCCUCUGACUUUGUUAAAAGAUAUUAGAAGUGUCUUGGAGCCAACUAGAGGCCGGGUCAUUCUUGCCCUGGUCCUUCCCUUUCAUCCCUAUGUGGAAAACGUAGGUGGCAAGUGGGAGAAACCAUCAGAAAUUUUGGAAAUCAAGGGUCAGAAUUGGGAAGAACAAGUGAAUAGUCUUCCUGAAGUUUUCAGAAAAGCUGGUUUUGUUAUUGAAGCUUUUACCAGACUGCCAUACCUGUGUGAAGGCGACAUGUAUAAUGACUACUACGUUCUGGAUGACGCCGUCUUUGUUCUCAAACCAGUAUAAACACGUGGAGGCCGAAGUCUUCAGAGUCCGCCCCAAGAGUGCACCCUCUGGAAGAGGGUCAGCAUUCGCAGUUACGGGAAGGGAGGGCCUUUGGGGACUGCCGUUCUAAAUAUCAUGUAGGAAGUUAAAAAGCCAAAAUACUAAUUAUUUCUUUGUAGUGUGUAAAAGGAAUGUUUUUAAAAAACAGAAACCCAACUCUUUGUGGAUUUUUAUCAAGUAUUUACUCAGAGUCACACUCUAAUGCAGGUCACACUCCAACUUGGAUGGAAGAUAUUUUUUAUACUUAAUCACAGUAGGGACUCAUUCCCAGACAAAGCAAUAGUCAUGACUUCAUGGAACCAGUAAAUGGAUUGUUAAUAAAAUGAAGACUGGCAAUAAAGCUGUCCAUUCAAUUCCAAAUAUUGGUUAUAAGGUAUAGCCACUGAUAUUCUUUCAUGUUUAGAAAUUCUUUCUGUUAUUACUCAAGAAAAUGUUUUUAAUCAUGCUAAUAAACUUUUUGGAGAUGA